UUCAAUUGGUUUAUAAAAAAAAGCGUCUUUAUAUUUUGUCGGUCUAUACGUCCAAUAAGGUAUGUAAAGGAAGGCAGUUUACGCAGUGAGUGGGAUAAUAGUACUCGCGGUUUAUGGUGUCCGUGGGCAAUGAAAGCUAGUCAAAGAGCAGCAACAUUGGUCGAUCGCUUAAGAGAUGGAUGGCAACAUUUGCUGAGAGAUAGGGCUACUCGUAGUCUCACAUACAACGAUGAACAAUUCCAUGUUCUUGAACGCAUAAAGGUCACGGAAACGGGACGCCGAUUGAAAGCACUUUUCGAGACAGAAUGUAUACCAGCAAUGACGCAGCGAUCCGAAUGCGUCGCCGAUUGGUACAAAAUGGCACAAACUGUUUUCCUGCAAACUGAAAUAUUGGACAAAGACAUAAAUAGUUACGAACAUGUGUUAGAAUCAUUUUCUUAUCGUCUGUCACAAGAGAGUAAAGAAUAUCACGAAAAUCUUUUGCUUUCGUUGAACAGGCUUCCCGACAAGUCAAAAACAAUAGAGAAGACAAACUUGCCUGCGCAAGAAAGCACAAAGAAAUGGCGCGAUAUCUGCGAAACAGAAGAACAAAUCGCAAUGCUUCUUUAUGAAAAUAGUCUAAUUAUAGAUCAACUUAACAAGUUGUCAAGAAUUGAUGAAUUAGAAGUAAUUCGAGGAAAUGUAAAUGAUUUAGGAUAUAAAGUUUAAUACGUCCAAUUUUGUCAUUUCUCUAUUAAUUCGACAAUAUUGUUAUAAAGACUGAAUACUACAUAUUAGAAAUAUACAAGAAGGCUUAUCGAAAAUAAAAGACAGAAUAACUUUUACAAAACUGAUUUUUCGAAAAAAUACAAAAAAAAAUCUAUAGGGCAAAAAACAUCGGAAUUAAACACUUUUUAGACGUCUAAAGACAAUAUUUUUUAUGGUAAAUGUGCUUUAAUAUUUUAGUUUUCCAUUCUUUUUUUACAUUAAAAAAAGAAAUGCCUUGCAGAAACUGAAACGAGACAUUCAGUACGUUACUACAUAGUGUGAGCGGCAAGUGAAUUUCAUAAUAGUCGUUUUGGCAAAUGCAGAAAUUUUAAAUUUUAUUAUGGUUUAUUUGACUGCGAAAAAGAUUUAAAAAAUUGCAGUUUUUUUUUGCAAAUAAUGAAUGUGCUACUAAUCGAGCUGUUCAAUCAGCGACGUGCAAACAUAGCAUGCAAAUAAGCAUAAUCAAUCACAACUGUUUGAAAUUAAUUGCACAAUUUCAGGACUCAGGAGGUCGAUUUUAUAUCACGUGGUGUAGUGAAAAUGACAAAAGUGAGCGAAUUUACUAAAAAUAUCUAUGAUCUUAUUGGUCAACAACUAGUAAAUUUGUUCACUUUUGUAAUUUUCACUACAUUGCAUGAAUACAGAAUCGAUUCCCAGGAGAUAAGAUCUGUGGUCAAUAAGUACUGAUUCACAAGUGGCGUUUUGUAACUCACAUUUGUAAAUGCGCGUUGGUAAUGACCAUUGGGUUGCCUAUUGGCGUACGUACGCAAACGCGCGGUUGUCUUUUUUUUUUUUUUUUUUUUUUACAAAACGCGCGCUUAACGCGGCUUUGAACUCCUCCAAUGUGAACCAAGCCUAAAAAGCGAAAUGUUCUGGAUCUUAUUGCUGUCGAUCUUACAUUGGCUGCUUUUUUUUUAGGAGACACAGUCGACAUAAGUCGACACAAGAGUCAUUCUGUCUUUGUUUCUCACUAAAUACUGAACGAAGACAGAAUGACUUUUGUCGACUUGUGUCUCCUAAAAGGAAAGCAGCCAUUGCAUCCUGCAUUCCAUAACUGAUUGAUAUAAAUUUAAGAUAAGAACCAAUCACAUUCGAUUGCUACUCAGUCGCAUAGUGAGCGGUUAUGCUAUUAGAAUCUAAUGUUAGUCGAACCAGUAUUCAACGAAUUUUAAAAUUAACAUGACAAGUUCCAUCUAUAUAAAAAUAACGAUUGCAUGUCUUUAGAAACUCCUUACCCCCUUACGAAAAAGAACUACUGCCGAUUACAUAUAAAUAAAGUCAGUAAUAUAAAUAUUACCGAC